AUGGCAGAACAACUGGCAAUGUAUCGAAAAUAUGAGUGUUUUAUAAAACGUAUACUGUUAUGUGUCGGUUUAUGGCCUGUGGAAAAUACGGGGAGCUCUUGUUUCUAUCGAUAUUUACCAAUUUUCACUGUAUUAUCUGGAACCUUUAUGUUUUUUGGUUCAUUGAAAUUCUGUCUAGAAAAUCUUGAUAAUAUAAAAGUAUUAACGAAAGGACUCAGUCCUUUAGGAAGUUUUGCUUUAGUAGCUGUAAAGGCACUGAUGUUCUUUUUAUAUCGAGAGCAAUUACACGAAUUGAAUAUGAAUCUCGAAUCGAUGUUCGAAGAAAUGCUUAAAAAAACACAUUAUCGACCUGUUAUAUUGUCAUUGCUAAAUCUUUUUAAACGUCCUGCAUAUAUUGUUUACUAUUUGACCAUGUUUGUAAUACUACUGUAUUUAUUUAGACCGUUUUUAUUGAUCGUCUAUCAAGUUAUCAAGAACGUCAGUCCCAAACAUUAUGUUCUUCCCUAUCCUGCUACUUUUCCAUGGAUCGAUGGAACUCCGAAUAUGGUUUUUCAAGCGCAAUUUCUUUUCGAAAUUAUAUUUGGUUGGUUCGUGAUUUCUGUGACCAGCGCCGUCGAUACGGUUUACGGAUUUUACAUAUUUCAAAUGAGUGGAGUUCUACGUGCCAUGUGUUUCGAAUGCGAGCAUCUUGGAAAAUCAUCUAAGGAGCUCGAUGUCAUUCUACGUAACUGCAUUAAAAGACAGAUCUUACUUUUACGUUGUCGUGAUAUCAUUCAGAAUGUUUAUGGACCAGUUGUGCUAUGCUUAAUAGUGAGCAGUGUUAUUGUCCUAUGUGCGCUGAUAUUUCAAAUGUUUGAGACAGAAAUAAGUAUAGGUAAAACUCUUCUAUUUCUUAUUUAUGGGAUGAUGAAAAUGUCUCAAGCAUUUUUGUAUCCUUGGUAUGGAAGUAUUCUUGAUGUUGAGAGUGAAGGAUUUCAACGAAGUAUUUAUAGCUGUGGAUGGUACCAAGACGGAAACAGUGAACUCAUGAAGGUUGUUCUUAUCAUAUUGGUACAGAAACCAAUUGUACUGACAGCAUGUCACCUCUUUUUUAUUUCAUUGGAUCUUUUCAUGAAGAUACUUAAUACGUCCUUAUCAUAUUAUUUUUUGUUGCAAACAUUCGAUGAGAAUAAUGAUGAACCCAUUUUAUAUAAUUAUUUAGAUUUACUUGAUAUGAAAGAUAUAAUGACUGGGAAAAAUAUUACUGGUCCUCUCUUUCUAAAUUCUAAACAUAAAUUCUACAUAACGUUAGAUUCUGUGUUCAAAAUCAUGCAUAAAAGGACCGAAUAA